AUGAACUGCCCUUCGCGCAACGACGACAUCACACUGGAGCAUCCGGACUGGAACCAGAACCCGCCCUUCCUCUCCGCCGAUCUCACCACCUGCGAGGAUCUGAACGGCAUCGCUAACGCCCGCGAGCAACGCAGGGCCCGGGGCGGCGCCGGCGAUGGAUCCGACGGCCGGGGUGACGACAUGAAUUACCAGACGUUGCCACGUCUGCAGCCCGAUCGGAGGCUGCGCGUUUCGGGAGGAUGGAAACACGGUGAGUCCCUGAUUUUCAUGAAAAAAUCUUGUUUCCAUCCCCGAAACAAAAAGGUGCAUGGUGGUGAUGACCAUACACCUCUCCUCUGGGCCUCUGCGCCCGCCCGCUCCGCCCUCUGGGGCUGGGUGAGCUGGAUCCUGUCCGUCCUUGGCUGCUCAGCCAUUAUCUCUGCCCUCAAGAGCCCCGAGGCUGUCGCGUCUUUCCUCGUCGCGACUAAAAGAACUACUCAUAGUAAGUAUAUUCCCCUUAAUCACAGUCCCUUAAAAGACGGGUCUCCUGUCACCAAGCGACAUGCCCAUACCUAUGACCAUGGUCGCAUCACCGCUCGCUCAACCUGUCCGACCGGUGGCCUCGGCGACGAAACAGCCUACAACACGCCCCUCCACGUCGGCGCCCUCUUCAUCAUCCUCGCAACCUCCUUCCUCGCCUGCGCCUUCCCCCUCAUCGCCAAGAGCAUCCCCGGCAUCCGUAUCCCCCGCCCCUUCUUCUUCGCGGUCCGUCACUUCGGCACCGGCGUCCUCCUCGCCACCGCCUUCGUUCAUCUCCUUCCGACGGCCUUCACCCUACUCGGCAAUCCAUGCCUGAGCUCCUUCUGGGUCGAGGACUACCCCGCCAUGCCGGGCGCCAUCGCCCUGGCCGGCAUCUUCCUCGUCACCAUCAUCGAGAUGGUCUUCUCCCCCGCCCGCCAGAUGAGCUGCAGGCCCGACGACGCCGUCCUCGCCCCGGAGGGCAACAAUGAGAGCGAGCAGCAGCAGCAGCAGCAGCAGCGCGGCGAGAAGCGCGUCCUCGUCGACGAAGAGAACCGCGCCGUGCAGGUCAACUCCAAGGGCGGCAUAGUUCUCACCCCGGCACAACAGCACCAAAAGGACAUCCUCCAGUGCAUGAUGCUCGAAGUCGGUAUCCUUUUCCACUCCGUCUUCAUCGGCAUGACCCUCUCAGUCUCCGUCGGCCACGAAUUCGUCAUUCUUCUCAUCGCCAUCGCCUUCCACCAGACAUUUGAAGGCCUCGCCCUCGGCUCCCGCAUCGCAAACAUUGACUGGCCUCAAGGCAGCCUUCAGCCCUGGAUGAUGGCCCUCGCCUACGGCUGCACCACGCCCAUCGGCCAAGCCAUUGGCCUCGCGACCCAUCGCCUCUACAGCCCUGACUCGGAGUUCGGACUUAUCCUCGUCGGCACCAUGAAUGCGAUUUCGUCCGGGUUGCUCGUCUUUGCUGCGCUGAUUGAGCUUCUGGCAGAGGACUUCCUGUCCGAUGAGAGCUGGCGUGUCCUGAGGGGCUCUAAGCGCGUCUGGGCUUGUGUGCUCGUCUUCUUUGGCGCUUUCGGCAUGAGUCUUGUCGGGGCGUGGGCUUAG